AUGCGCCCUGUCUUCGUGGCGAUCUGCCUCCUCCUGGUCACCCCCAUCACCGGCUCUUUCUGGGCCGUCGGCAGUCAGGUGGUGAUGGAUCCGAUGCUGGUCUGCAAGAAGACGCGUCGUCUGAAAGGGAAGCUGUCCGACAUUUGCCGGAAGGAGCCGGCCUUGCUGAAGGAAAUCUCCAGGGGGGUUCAGGCGGGCACGAGGGAGUGCCAAUACCAGUUCAGGAAUCGCCGAUGGAAUUGCACAAAUGCCAGGAGGUCCCUGAAGAAGAUCCUUCUUCGCGACACGAGGGAAACUGGCUUCGUUAACGCCAUCACGGCUGCUGGGGUGACUUAUGCCGUGACCAGAGCCUGCACCAUGGGCGACCUAGUCGAGUGCUCCUGUGAUAAGAUGACGAGUAAAGGUGAGAGCAGCCGCGCGAAGCUUGCAAGGUCUUCGAACGAUCGCAGCAGGCCUAUCCCUGAAGAAGGGGACUGGGAAUGGGGAGGAUGCGGAGACAACGUCAACUUCGGCUUCAAGAAGUCCAGAGAUUUCAUGGACGCGCCUUAUCGGAAACGCAGCGACAUCAAGACCCUGGUGAAGCUGCACAACAACGACGCGGGCAGAUUGGCGGUGAGGAACUUCAUGAGGACCGAGUGCAAGUGUCAUGGACUCUCAGGGUCUUGCACGGUGCGCACCUGCUGGAGGAAGAUGCCGGCCUUUCGGGAGGUGGGAAACCGACUGAAGGACUCCUUCGACGGGGCGGCCAAAGUCAUCCCCGGGAACGACGGGCACAGUUUCAUCACCGAGGGCCCGACCAUCAAGCCCCCUGGUAGGUUCGACCUGGUGUACAGCGAGGAUUCCCCUGACUUCUGCAGACCAAACCGGAAGACCGGCUCCCUGGGGACCCAGGGUCGCCAAUGCAACGCCACCAGUCCAGGGGUCGAAGGUUGCGAGCUUCUCUGCUGUGGCCGUGGUUACGACACGAGAGUCGUCAAAGAGAAGGUCAACUGUCAGUGCAGGUUCAGGUGGUGCUGCGAGGUGACCUGCAACACCUGCGUGGUCAAAAAGACCGUCAACACGUGCCGCUAG